AAGAGAGUAAAUAGAGAAAAGAUGGCGGAGUUCAUUCAGCUCAACAAACCCACCGAACCGAAACCCGCGAACCAAAACCGCGAUCAUCCUGCUCUUCAUCCUCAUCAUCCUCCACCGGCAAAGAAGAUCCGUCAUGAGGAGAAAAUAUUCACAUCCAAGAAGAUGAACGGAGGCGCGAAGGAACAGAAUUACACGAACGAACCGAAAAACAAGAAACCCCGAACAGAAAAAGACCGAGAGAGGGAUAAAGAUAAAGAGAGAGAUAAAGAUAAAGAGAGGGAUAAAGAGAGGGAUAAAGAUAAAGAGAGGAAGAAACACAAAGUGGCUGCAGAAAAUCACCUCAGUAUAAAGCAGGAGAACGGCGCGCUCAAGUCACCGCAGAAAGAUCACACCAUCAAAGACAAAGAGAAACAGAGAGACCGAGAGAAGAAGAGAGAGAGAGAAAAAGAUGAGAAAGAGACGGAGAAACGCAAACACAAGCUGAUGACGGAGAUCAAGAGAGAGAACGGAGAGGUGAAGAUCCUGCAGGUGACAGGUGACCGAGAGAAACCCAAGAUCAACUCGGCUGAAGAUUUACUGAUGAAGAAGGUGAAGAAGAAAAAGAAAAAGAAACAUAAAGAGGGUGAAAAGUGCAAACGGCCAAAAAUGUUCAGCAGAUCCAGCCAGACGGUUUGUUCUGAUCUGGGCAACCUGAUGUCCGUAUCUGGAGCAGAAUUCGAGCCUCCUCUUCCCAUCCAGCAGGGCUGCGCUGGUGGGCUGAGACAGGAAGAGAAUGGCGGACAGAACUCGAGCACGGCAAAAGCUGGAAAACCGGCUGGACUGGAUUGUCUGGAGUUUGGCCGUCUGGUUCACGUGGAGCAGCAGCCGAAUGGCGGCGCUCUGGUUCUGCACGCGUACAGCAGUGAACUCUCAGUUCUGUCUCCUGUGGAGAUGCAGAGGUUCGCUGAGGAGUUUGUCAAGUUAUCGUUCAGCGAGGACAGCGACAGAGCUGCCAACUACGUGAUGGGGGUGAUUCACGGCGCCGCUGCAUACCUCCCUGACUUCCUGGAUUAUUUCUCUAGCAAAUUCCCAAACUCGCCUGUUAAAAUGGAAAUCCUGGGAAAGAAGGACAUCGAGACGACUACUAUGGCAAACUUUCACACUCAGGUGAAGAGGAGUUACUCUCACGGGACGUACCGUGCUGGAGCCAUGAGGCAGAUCAGUCUUGUGGGUGCUGUAGAUGAGGAGGUGGGCGAUUAUUUCCCAGAAUUCCUAUGUAUGCUGGAGAAAUCACCAUUCCUGGAGCGGACGUUGCCAUGGGGAUCGUUCUCCAGUCUGAAGCAGAUGAGUCCAACAGACAGCGAUGAUGGUCCCAUCAUGUGGGUUCGGCCCGGAGAGCAAAUGAUCCCAGUGACAGACAUGCCAAAGUCUCCAUUCAAACGAAAACGGUCGACCAAUGAGAUUAAGAAUCUGCAGUAUCUGCCGCGAGCCAGCGAACCACGCGAGAUGCUGUUUGAGGAUCGGACCAGAGCUCAUGCCGAUCACAUCGGUCAAGGGUUCGAACGACAAACCACUGCAGCUGUGGGAGUGCUGAAAGCUGUGCGCUGCGGUGAAGGUCCUGAUCCUCCUCGUAUUACUAAAGACGUGAUCUGUUUCCACGCAGCUGAUUUCGCUGAUGUGGUUCAGCGACUGCAACUCGACCUGUACGAGCCGCCGCUGUCUCAGUGUGUGCAGUGGGUGGACGAUGCGAAACUCAAUCAGUUGAGGCGCGAGGGAAUCCGUUACGCUCGUAUCCAGCUCUACGAUAACGACAUCUACUUCAUUCCUCGGAACGUUGUUCAUCAGUUCAAGAGCGUGUCGGCCGUGUGCAGCCUCGCCUGGCAUGUGCGUUUGAAACAGUAUUACCAGAAUGGCAAGGAAGAGGCACGUGAAGAAGAUGGCGGUCGGAUGAAGCACAUCAAGCAGGAGACGCUGAGUGAGAACAUUGACUUCAGACCCUCGGGAGAGACCCCUGAUAUACCGCAGAUAAAGGUGGAGUGGGCGGAGCCACCAGCCGAGAAAUCGCCCAAAGCUCUGCCCAGCAACAGCAGCUUGACUUCGCCUCCUGCCACCUCAGCUGAUGGGCAACCCAAAGUGCAGCACGAAUCAGAACGUCAAAGCGCUGUGUCACACCUCCCCACUGCUACACCCAAUGCUUCACGCAGCUCAAUAGUCAGCCCGCACACACCCAAACACUCAAACACAUCAACGCCCACUAAACAGACACACACCUCAACACCUACCAAGCAGACACACGCCUCUACUACUACCAAGACAACACACAUGUCAACGCCAACCAAACACACAUACAUGUCAAUGCCAACCAAACACACACACACCUCCAAAUACUUGCAAUCUUCCUCUGUCCCAAAACCGGGACAAGCCCCCUCAUUACCAAACAAACCCACCCACUCGAUUAACACAACCAAACCAACCCACUCAACUAACCUAACCAAACACACCCACUCGACUAACCUAACCAAACACACCCACUCGACUAAUCCAACCAAACCAACCCACUCUACUAACUCAAGCAAAGCAACACACACUAUGAAAACAGGGAAAUAUACACACUCCACAUUAAUAACCAAACCCAGUCCCAAACUGAGCUCUGGACUGUCAAUCAGCUGGACUGCUCCGCCCCUGGCCCCACCCCCUCUGAGGCCAGACCGCCCACAAGACUCUCUUUACCCAAAGGCUGUCAGACACCCGCAUAAAACACACAAAGACUUUUUAUACUGAUUUGUACAGAGCAGCUUUUAAAUGGCCCUUUUAAUCUCAUUUAUUUCUGCUUUUGUUUUUAAUCUAAAAAGAGAGACCCCAUAAGUUCAGUAAGACAGCUGUUCAAUCUGUCUGUCUCUCUCUCUCUCUCUCUCUGUGUCUGUCUCUCUCGGUUUCUGCACUGCAAAAAAAAAAGAAAAAAAAAUCAUUUUGUUAAACAGUAUUUUUGUCUUGUUUCCUAAAAACAAAGUACAUUUAUUAGAGAAGCAGAAUUGCUUAAAAUCCUUAUUUUCAGAGAAUAUAUCUUGAACGUUUUUUCCCUCUUGUUUUAAGAUCAAACCUCAUGGUAGAUUUAUGCUUAAAACAACUGAACAGUAUGCCAGUGGAGUUGGACAAUAACGUGAUUCUGAUAUUUAUUGAGCAAUCCAACAAACAAGUAAAUAAAUUAGGAAAAAACAGGAAUGUCACUAAAAACCUCGUGUGUUGAACUACCUUCUGAAGACAUGGAUUUAGGAUCUUGUUUAGAAACAGCCGAAGCUGCUGUUUCUCCAUUUCUAAAGCCGGCUGUACGCUAGCUGAAUUUUCCAAUGAUCUUCAGGUGUUAGCUUCAUUAAGUUAAUCGCCGACAGAGGGAGACCGAGCCCCCAUUAGCAUCUCUCAGUGGGAAGGGUCAAUCACUUGACCGUCGGGACUUCCUGCCGACUUAAUGGAAAUGUACUUUUUAUUCACCAGCCCAAGUGAUCAGGUGAUCAAGGUAUCAGCCAAUCAACUUUUUUUACCAGCCCCUUUUUUAAAUUACAUUUUACAGACAUGAGACAAAUAAACACGUGUAAGCAUGUUAAAAAUGUAACAAAGAAUUGAAUUUUUAUUAUUUAUGAAUAUUUAAUAGCUAUAUAGUCUUAUUUUUCAGAUUAUUCACUUACUAGAAGAAAAAGUCAAUUUGUAUUUGAACUACAUCACUGCUGUCAUAUGAACGAGUCUCUUGAGGCUUAAGCACAUGUAACACAGAAACAGUUCUUGGUUUACUUGGAGUGAAUAAAUUAAUGUAGUCCACUCCAACUGAUUCAGAAGUCUUUUUGAUUCACUAAAAAGUGCCGGUUUAAGGGAAUCAAUGGAUUGGAUAUCGGUCUACUGGUAGUGCUUUGACUCCUCUCGAGCUGUAGAUACAGUAGCAAUGAGAGUUGCUGGAAACACUUUAAUAUGCCGAUGGCAUGAACGCUCAUUGCUUUCAUCAAGAUUUACUGCUAACGGAACAUGUCAAGCAGUGGCGGCCCGUGCAUUUAAGUCUUGGCCUUCAGUGCGUUUUAUGGCAUUAAGAAAACACAGUUUCACAUUAAAUAAGAUGGCGUAUGCCCAUCAUACAUUACGUGGCAGUCAACUAAUAAUACCAAUUGGCAUUUUAAAAACACAUCCACACAUGAAAUCCAGAACCAAGGUCUAAUACCAAGAAAAAUCUCUGAUAAUAUUUGCAAUUUAAAUUUUGCUUGUAGUAAUUUUGUUUUGUCAGGAAAACUUGAUCCGACGCUGAAUGCUCCAGCAGCCUAAUUUACACUUUGAAAACUCCCGAUGUUGCUAUGACAACGCAAAAAGCACUUACCAGUUUACUUAAAAGAAAAAGUGAAAAUCAGAUCUCCUUUCCUGUUUAAUUAAUCACACGGUCAUGCAGAACAUCUCGUGUCCAUAAGGAUCUCUUUCUCAACGGCGAUAGCGGCAAUGAUGACGAUCUCGCGCUCUUGAAUUACGUCACUUAAAGCGUGAUUGCGUCACUCAAGGCCAGCUAGAAGGCCUCGACCAGGACACAUGCUAAAGAACACACCCACAAGAACAAAUAAAUCAAUCUGAUUGGCUGAUGAAUCUGACGUUGGAUGCUCUUUCAUUUGCACUGUUGAGGGAUUCUGUGGCAGUCUGAAGGUUUGGCGGGUUGCAGCUCAGACUCACGCGCUGCUUCGGAUUCGGGCAUGUGAUUUGUGAAACAGUUAUCACACUUUGCUUGUAAGCAUCGAGGAAUAAAUUCUGAUUGGAUAAACUUUUAGUGUUUUUCUAUUGUUUGAAGAUGAAAUAAGAGUGGAAAGCGAUUGAGAAUGAAAAAUAUUUAUUUAUUAGGCUUUGCUGACCCUGAGAAAUCAUCGCUGAUGGCGAGUGAUGCAGAAGAAAUCCGCUCACCACGACAGAGAGCUGCCAUGUAUUGUCUGUUAGCUUUCAGUACAUGAGCAAUGCUAUCAUCUUAAAUAUGUGCGAUUACAAUUGGAAAGAUGCCAAGUAAAAACAGUGUUGAUCUAUUCAACUUUUAAUGAUUCAAGCACUGAAUCCACCUUUGCUCAUCUCAGCAUUGUAAGAGCUGUGGAUGUAAACACAUGUGACCUCAAUGACUGUAGGCCUGCAGAGCCCCCUUGUGGACAAAACUGAUACUUGUCUAAUUAUUUUACAAGCUAACAUGAAAUGAAAGCAGCCAAAGUGGCGUGUGACACCGGCCAAAUAGAAAGUGUACCUGCAUUAGGUGCUUGCUGGGUGUUAAUUUCGGACUCUUGCUUCAAGCACUGAAAACCUCAUCAGUUGUUUGAAAAAAUCAUUGUCACAUAGAAGAACUGACGCGAUGACGUGCUGAUCUGAACUUUGUUUUUUAUUACACUCAGAUGCAUAUCAUCUCAAACAUUGAUUAAAAUCCAUAUUGAUUCUGUUAUUCUGCAGAAAUAAUGCAAAAGCAAAAAUACCCUUGACGGACAUUUUACAGUUUUGGUGCAUUUUAAAAUUUAACCUUGUGAAAGUCAAACGAACCAUGAAGAAAAUGCCAGAUUGUACUAUUUUAACCUGUUUCGGAACAAGCAAGCAACAGGUCUGAAAAUGCCUCAAAUCACUCUAUUGCAGUUUCACCCGUGUUAUUAUUUUGUCAGAGAUAUAUAUUGUUGCGAUGAGUCCUUAUGUGUGUCACUCCUUCACCCUUUUUAUCAGCAAGUGUGUCAUACGUCUGACUGUAGAGAGAUCUAAUCAUGUGUGACUCCCUCGGCUAAAACGAGUUGUUUUGAGUCUGUUAGCGUAGCGCCAGUUCAGUGUGUGUGAGAGAUAUUGAGCGUUUGUGAUUAUCUGCGUCUGUUGCGACUCUCAGCAGUGAUCUGCAGAAGUAUAUUUCAGCUGUAAUGUUGUAGUAAUCUGCUCCGAGAGAGACGACACUGAUGUUUUCACUGACAGACAGAAACUCAGACGGUCGGUUGUAAAUGUGUGAUGUCACUGUAAGCGUCGCCACGCUCCAAUCAGAUUCAAGGACCAGAACUAUCUGUUGUAUAAAUAAACUAUGAAAUAAUAUUCCCUAAAUACAAAGUCUUACACAAGUUUACCCUUAUGUAUAUUGUAUAUAUUUCUCCUGGAGAACAAGACAAAAGUACUGAUUAAUGUUUUUGCAGUGUUGUCAACAUGGUAAAUGUAUGUGGUAACACAUUCCUCAGUGCCUGUCCCAAACUGUGAACUAUUGAAGCACUUCGGUUCAGCUGCACACUGAGAAUAUACCACAAAUACAAACAGCUCCUUGAAUAAUAUAUUUUCUGUUGUAGCUUUAGUGGGAUUAGAGCUGACAUGGACAUAUAUAUUUUUUUGUAAAAUGACAUAGAAUUGUUUUCCAUAGAGCUUAUUUAUAUCAAGGGUUUCUUUGGUUUUGUCAGACCUGUAGUGUACAUAACGAUUUUUCUAAAGCAAAUGUGUAGUGUGAUUUAUACUGAAAUAAGGACCUCCUAAUAAAAGGGUCUGUUUGUUGGAUGUGUGUGUGUGUGUGUGUGUGUGUGUGUGUGUGUGUGUGUGUGUGUGGUG